CAGAGGUGUUGGUGCAAAGUACCUACCUUUUGGCUUUUUGAGGAUGAAGGAUCAUCCGAUUGCCGUGAAGAUGCACCUCCUCUAUCUUGGUUCUCCUCAACCUAAAGGAUAAAAUGGUCAUUUACUCACUCACUCACAUUCAGUCCAAAAAACAAAGCAAAGCAAAACAAAGCACUUACAGUUGAAGAAGGUUGUGCAGGUGUAUCUUCCAUAGCAUUGGUAGUACCAUUUAAAUGUUGAGAGACAAUAGGCAUAAUCUGGUGCAACAAAUUGGACAAAAAGGUUCCUUCAUCAGUGACCACUGUUGAUGCUGCUGCUGCUUCUUCCUGGGCUGCUUGGAGAGAUUCAAUAUUCCUUAGAACCCCUAUGUUCCUCCUCAAUGCAGCCUAUGAUUCUUGACAGCGGCAAUCACUUUAAGGAUGUGAUGCAAAUUAGUGAAAAAGGUUGCUGCAUCAACAACAGGAAAAAGGGUGCUGAUUUUUCCAAGGACUUCUUUAUGCAUCCACAGAAAAAAUAGUGAAUUGACAAUUAUGCCCCCAAUAGGUUGGCGACAUCGUCUUACCUCACCUCGUCGGCGACUCUGACUCCUCGAAGAUUUAGGGUUGUGCUUGGUGUUGUACUCGGUGUUGUGCUCCGUGAUUCAACAAUUGAGGUCUAAGGUUAUGUGGUUGUGUUUGGUACUAAUGGAAAUAGAGAAUAUAUUGUUUGAUUACAAUCUGAUAAGCCUUCUUCUAACCGGUAUGCUCCCUCUUCUCCUUUUAAUUCGAUCACAACUUUCGUCCUUACCCUUCUUCUUAUUAUUAAUUUUUGGGUGAUGUCGGGGGCAAAGAAGAAAUUUCAGCAGUGGGACUUAUUCCAUCUGAUGGAGGAGAUGCCUGAGGAGGGGCAUUUUCGGAAAUAUGAAGUUUUCCCAUAUACCAGAACAGUUAGUUUUCCAAAAACUCAUAGAGGGUCUGAAGUCAGAUGAAGAUGACAUCGAUGUUUAAGAACAUUAGUGAUAUGGAAGUACUAAAUUCAAAAGCACUUGAGGAGAAGGAGCUGGACAAGGGCAUUUUGGUCCAUCUAUAUUCACAUGGGUACGUCCUGGUGGCACAUCACAUGAAGGUGAAGGCGUCGGUGGAGUCAAAGUUCUCUUUAUCUCAGCAACAAGCUUCUUUUCCUGCUCAUUUCAUCUAUGUGAGUUUGAAGAUGGGAUGGAAGAAAACCAGGAGUGGAACAAAAUGGAAAUGUUGGAUUCUAAUUAGUCUGCAAAUUACUCAGCCCCCGCCAGCUGCAGUUGUUCCUCCAAAUGGACCAAAUGCAAACCCUUUGGAUCUCUUCCCUGGUUAUCAAUAUUUUUCUUCACUUUCAGCUUGAGAAUUUAUGUUUUAGAUCCUGUAGAUUGUAACCUUGUCAUGUUUGGUCUAGGGACUUCCUGACAUGGACGCAAAUGGUCCUGAUGGUGCUACUGGUAACUUGGAUUUUCUUCGUAACAGUCCACAAGUAUUUAUUUAUUUAUUUAUAAAGUAGUCAACCAUAUCUAUAUACACAUUAAUUAUUAUUUAUCUCAUCAAAAUAAAAAUAUAAUUUAUACUUCGAGCCAUGAUGCAGGCUAAUCCCCAAAUCUUGCAGGUAUUUCAUAAAUACAAAUCAUAAUACUUCUCAAAGACAUAAAGGGUAGUGUUUCUUUUAUCUUAUUUCUUAUGAUUUACAAGAAAGUUUUGAUUCAGAUUCUAGCAUUGGACAAGGGGGUACUACUGCAUGGAAGGUGCUUCAAUACACACUUUCUUACAACAAUGUACACAAACUAAGGAAAUAGCAUUGUAGUACUAAGUUAUAUAGUUAGGGAAAACCUCUUAAUAACAAUGUACAAAUAUGUGUCUACUUUUGGAAUUAAUGAUUAUUUGUAUGACAUUAACUUUUGUGCAAU